AUGCAGCGAAUGAGGGCGGGUGCGGUGCGGGCGCUCGGGUCGCUUGCAGGAAGAAGUACCGCUCAGAGCAUGCAAACUAAGACCAUCUCCUCGACAUCCCUCCGUCAGAGGUACUUCUCCUCCUUCUCAUCGCCCAUGAGCCGCUUGUCAACGUUCGGUGCUGUGAAUUCAAUGGCUCCAAGAGGUUUGAUGGCUGUUCCUACCCUAUGGACCUCGCCCAUGCCGAUGGCGGGUACAAAGUUGGGGCUGGUGGCAUGGGAGCAGACGAGAGGAAUGAGACAUAGGCAGAAGAAGAAUAAAUUGAACCGUCCAUAUGACAGGAGGAUGGCCAUGUUGAGAAAUAUGGCAACUGAUCUCAUCAUGUAUGAAAGGAUCAAGACGACUGUGGCACGAGCUAAAGCGCUUCGGCGAGUGGCGGAUCGGAUGGUGACGCUCGCGAAGCAGGGAACGUUAAUGGCCCGUCGACAGCUUGGAGGAUUUCUGAGGACAGGAGAAAGCAUCUCAAAGCUCUUCUUGGACUUGGUCCCGCGGUAUGCGCAGAGGCAUGGCGGUUACACACGCAUAGUGCGAUGCAUCGCUCCUCGUAAGGGAGACAACGCGGACAUGGCAUGGAUUGAGUACAUAGACCGCGAAGGAGAGCUCCGUCCUUGCAAGCCUGCUGCUACAAGGCUUCCCUACUCCAAGAUGAUCAAGGUUGCUGAGACGGCUAAUGAUCAGCACCUGGUGGAUUACUACAAGAAACUGCAAGAGCAAGUGGAUCUGGAAGGGAAGAAAAUUGUCGUCAAGGACUUAAGAUUGAUCAAGGAGAGACGCAAACAAAGAGCUGAGGAGAAAAAGAAUCAAGUCGAGGCCGUACCUAGUCAGGGUUGA